GUAAUUAUCUAUAACAGUUUACUUUUGACGGUGAACUUGUACUACUUUUUGCAAAUGGUGAGCGACUCAAGUGAAGAACGUUCCGAUGCCGGUGGAUUCCUUAGUUUUGCAUUAUUCAACUGCAUUCAAGUUAUGGUUCUGGUACUACUUUGCAGUACGACAACAACUCAGGCUGGUAGAGCAGGAAAGCUGAUUCACAAAUUCACGUUCAGCGAACUCGAUAUGGGGUUGGAAGAUGUGAUUCAACUGUUCUCGUUGCAGCUGUAUCACGAGAAGAUUGAGUUCUCUGGUCUAGGAUUAUUCCGAUUGGAUCCAAGUCUUGUUCAGUUAAUCGCUGCGUCUGUGACGGGGUAUCUCGUAAUUCUGGCACAAUUCGACGCAGGAGCGGCGAACGCGACAAUACGCAACGGAGCAAACAGCUCACUUGCAUGAAAUGGUCACAGCCAAUCGGGU